AUGAAUUUUGUGGUAAUUUUUGGUAAAUCUAUCCAAUUUUUUGAUGAAGAUGAUGUUGAAGAUUGUUAUGGACAAUCCUUUGAUGAUAAAUAUUGUAUCUCACCUGGAACUGCUGCUCAGUUCACAUUUUCUCGCGGAUCCAACUUUGAUCUUGGUUCUUAUAUAAGUGGAGAAUCUUCUCCAGCCAUUCCCUCCCAAGUGCCGGAAAUCAUUACACCAAAGUCCCAGGCUGCUAAAGUUACACAAAAGACACACAAAUUUAGUGACUUGGAUGAAGCUCGCCUGAAUUCAUGCUUGGAUCAAGUUCAUGAAGUUAUUGCAGACUUGCAUCCCCGUGAGGUGGUCAUAAAUUGCAUUAAGAAGCAUAACUUCAAUUCAGAAGCUGUAUUGAAUGAAUUGUUAUCAUCUCCAGAUGCUCCCAAGCCUCAAAGACAACCACGACAAGGACGUAGAGUACAAGAAUUUCCUUUAGAUUUAUAUGCUCAAUUUAGUACUCUUUCCUCUCAAUAUGAUGAUGAUGAGGAGGAGGAGGAUUAUGGAAGAGAUAUUUCAAAAUGUAGUUUAAUUGUGGAUGUGCCACAUCAUAAACUCUAUCAAGAAUACAACAGUGUUGGGGAAGAAGAGUGCUCUUCCUACAGCAGUCUCAACUCUGGGGAUACUGAGGACCAACUCCAGCCAGUUGCUAAAUUCUCUCUUUCAAAUGACUCUGAUAUUUUUUACCUUAAAGUCUGCCUAAUUAUUACAGUUAAUUGUUUUAUAGAUAAAUUAUUCUAA